UAGCUGCCAAUGCUGCCAUCUAUGAACGUUAGUUCAAUUUCACGUCAGCGGGAUGGGGUUGAUAUUAAUGAUCGUUUUUUAUUUAAAGUAAAUGAAUUAAAAAAUUUAUUUAAAAAAAAGAGAAUUUUUACAACGUCUAAAAAUUUUACGAAGAGAAUAAGUAUUAUCAAGAAGUUGAUAAUACCGACACUGUCGAUGCAAGUUGCGUUAUUAUUAUUACGAGGAAAAUUUAUGGGCUAUUGCUUAUUGAAUUGGGAUCAUGAAUUCAUGAUUGCCGCAUUUCAUUUUGAAGCUCUUUUAUUAAAUAACCGUCCAACAUAGACAUGUGUCCGUUCCAUUAGUAAUCGUUCUUAUGUCACAAAAAAAACUUUGCAGAUUACACACAAACAAAACAGUUCAGAGUCAUCUAUCAUACUCGGGUAGUAACCAUAGUUUCAUGUGACAAAAGAGCGGGAAACGAAUUCAACUCCGACCACGUGAUCACAUUCCUACAAUCAAUUUAAGAAUUCCUUGUUGAUUCAAGGAUGAUCAAGAAAGAGUUUUUCUUUAGAAAUUAGAUCCCAGCAUUAGAGUUAGAGAAUCGAUCGCAUUUUAUUUACGGAUCUGUUUAAGAAUUGGUGAUUUCAAUCACAGAGGGCGCUAGUAUAAACGACAAUCGGUCGAUGUGACGCUUUACGUUUUUACCUUUAACAGUUUAUACAUAAAAUUCCUAAUAUUUACUGGCAUUACUGCACAGAAAAAUUCGCUAUUGUUUUUCGUUUGAAUUCGGAAAAAAGAAUUGAAAAGCCAAUGUCAACUCCCCCAUUUGAGAAAGAAUGACCGACAAGGCUGAAAAAAUAAAAUGCGACGAAGAACUGUGUGUUGAAGAGUUUCCCACUGUAAGUGCUGCGAUCCAGCAUAAAUUUCGAAAACAUAGGCAGUCUAAUGUCAAACAUUAUUGCCCCUACUGUGGCAUGCAAUUUCCGAUUAAGUAUUGUAGAGACAAACACGUUCUCUCUCAUGAAAAUGAAGGAGGAAGCAGUGGAGUGCAUCAAUGUACAGAGUGUGAAGCUACAUUCUACAAUGAUACUGCUCUUCAGUAUCAUGCAAAAUCAAUUCAUAAUCGGGUUGUCAAACUCAUCAAAGCUAUUGAGACACCACCUCCCAGUCGCAAAAUCAAGUGCAAUAAUGCCAAGGAACCUCAAAGUGUGUAUUACUGCCAUUUAUGUGGAUCUGAGUACAUUAUGAAAUACAAUCUUGAAGUUCAUUUGGAAAGACAGCACAAAGAAGAGGAAAGGAAUGCAUUACCACAGGAAUUAAUCAAAUGCAAGAUGUGUGAUGCUUUAUUCUUCAAUAAGAGGGCCUAUGAAAAUCAUAACCUUUUCCAUAAAAGUGAUGAUGUCUACAUAGAAAAUGAACAACAAAGACAAACGUUAGUUACUCGAGUUGACCAAGAUUUCGAUAUUAGACGGGUUCAGACACAAGCUGAAAAAUUUCUACCCAAAGCGGAAACUCUCAGUCGAGGGCGCAAGAGAAAAGCUCAAACAAGCAAACAAAAAUCCUCGUCAGUUCGAUGGAAAUCAUCAACUGCCGAGGCUGUGGAUGCUGGAAACGAUUCCGAUUGUUUGUCCAGUGCCAGUUCCGUCUCUGACAGUGAAGAAGAAGAGGACAAAACAUCAAAUAAUCCAGAGAAGAAACAAGUCAUUUGUGAAUAAAAAAAUAACAGAAUGUGAAAAAAUAACGUCAUUGAAAACAAUAUGGCAAAUGUACCCGAUGGAUCAAAGGACUCGGACGGCAACGAAACAGCGCCAAAUGACUCCGUCACAUUGUAAAUACUUUCCUUAAGUUUUAACAAUGCCAAGUCGU